AUGCCUCUCGCCACGCGACACCUGGCCGACCUUGGUGCCCGAGUGAUAAAAAUCGAACGACCGGGCUCUGGUGAUUUUGUGCGUCAUCACGAUUCUCGUGUUCGUGGCAAACUAUGCAGCCACUUCGUAUGGACGAACCGCAAUAAAGAAUCGCUGGCGCUGGACAUCAAGAACGAGCGAGAUAUGAGGGUCCUAAAAAAGCUCGUCUGCGAGAAAGCCGACGUGUUUGUGCAAAACCUCAGGCCGGGUGAUGCUGAGAAGAUGGGUCUUGGUUACCAGGCGCUGAAGACGGCGAUGAACGAGUACGACCAGGAGCACCGGCGCGGUGACGCGUUGAUAUAUGCAUCAGUUAGCGGGUAUGGGUCAGAUGGGCCAUACGCGCACAAGAAGGCUUAUGACCUGCUGAUUCAAGCCGAGGCCGGCGUGCUGAGUAUCACGGGGACAGAGGGCGACGAGGGCAUGGCCAAGGUGGGCUGUUCGAUUGCUGAUAUUGCUGCCGGCAUGUAUGCGUACUCUAACAUUCUCGGGGCCAUUAUCCAGCGGCAGAAGACUGGGAAGGGAUGUGAGUUGGACAUUUCGAUGCUGGAGUCGCUCGUUGAGUGGAUGGGUUUUCCAAUGUACUAUGCACACGAAGGCCAAGCAGGCCCAAGCCGUGCAGGCGCAAGUCACGCGAGUAUCUAUCCUUACGGGCCCUUUUCGACUGGUGGAGGCGGGAAAGUCAUGCUCGGUGUACAGAAUGAGAGGGAAUGGAGAAUACUUGCCACGGAGGUGCUGCAGCGCGCCGAUCUAGUCCAGAACCCCAAAUUUAGCAAUACGGCAUCGAGAAGCGAGAACAGAGCCGAGUUGGAAGCGGUGAUCAGUGGAAUCUUCAGCCAGUGGAGUGCCGAUGAGGUGACGAAAAGACUUGAAGAGGCCGGCAUUGCGAACGCAAAGGUGAAUGAUAUGCAAGGCGUUUGGGAGCAUCCGCAACUCGAAGCACGGAGGAGAUGGAGAGAUGUUGAUACAGAGGCUGGGAAGAUCAAGGCGUUGAUGGCGCCGGGCAUGAGCGCUGAUGUUGAUGCUAGGAUGGACAAGGUGCCGGCCAUUGGGGAACAUAAUGAGAGUAUCUUGAAGGAGCUGGGAGUGUCGUGA